CCGACGUUUGAGACAAACGAGCGGCGCGCACACGGCGCCGAUCGUGUGGUUGACGGACGCGCUCCGCGGGCGCUCGAUCGCGACGAAGAAAAAAGAAGAAUACAAUCGGACGGCUCAUUUCGGGAAGCGUGUCCCGCGCCGGACGUGCGCGACAACGUUUGAUCGGCGAUCACGCGGCGCGGAGAGUCGCGCGCUUGAAAUCGCGGUAUGACGGUGCGCGUCUGAAGUCGAGGAACGGGAAAACGGAGUUACAGUGCAAGCAAGCUGAACCGAAAGUAUAAUUCGCGCAUUUCCCGGCCUCCGACGAUGAUCUCGCGCCGAAUUCGGUUGAGAUAAAAGGAAUAUUCGGAGCACCACGCGAAAAACUGAAUAAAGACAGCGAGCGGGAGCAAGAUCCACUGACUUGCGUUCGUCAGUAGCUUGAAAGCAAACAGGAUGAUCGGGCCGUCGUCAGGGAUCGCCGGCGAGGUGACCGAGAGCCAGUGCUGCGCCUCCUCCAAGCGGAAGAUCUUCGACGACCUGGACGUCGACGGUUCCAAGCGAAAGGUCUUUGACGAUCUGGAUAUCGACAGCUUCUGCAAUGAGAUGCAGACGAGUCGCAAGCACUAUCUCGAGGAGCUGGAGACGCCGGUGGAGCUGGUGGCCACGUCGAACGAGAUCAUCGCCAAUGCGGCGUCCCUCUUCUCGCCGAUGUCCGGCCAGGAGGCCGUCGAGGAGUCGCAAGUGGCGCGUCUGGAGGUGUUGCUGGUGGACGGCACAAACUGCACCUGGACGACCGUGUCGGAGCUGGAGCAGCAGCAGAAUCUGGACGUCCUCGUGACCUCGUCUUCCUCAUCGUCGUCCUCGUCCUCGUCAAUCUCAUCCGGCGUCGAGCGUCAUCCCGCGGAAACCUACGCCGUCGAAGAGCUUAAUUAUCAGCCGGCGGUGUCGGUGAAUUACUGGGAACCGGUCGCCGCCCCCGUGAUCUCGCUCGCCAAUCUGAACGUGCAGCAAAGUAAGGGAACCACCGGCAACAAUCAGCAACAGCAGCAACAACAACAGCAGCCGCAGCAACAAUUCGAGGAUCAGGAGAACGGGAAUCUGUCGUGGCUGCUGGAUUUCAAGCUGGAUCCGUUCAUCGAAGCCGCGGACGACAGAUCCGCCGUGGGGCUCACCGCGGCAACGAAGAACAAUUAUUAUGGCAACAAGAAUAAAUCGAACGGAAGGUCGUACGGCUCCAAUUACGCCAACGACGUCAGGAGAGGAAAUGGCAGUCACGAAAAUUCGUCGGCGUAUCGACAGGACUCGAAUCAGGCGACUUAUCCCGCAAACGGAGUCGACAGCCGGAAUUUCUCGUCCGCGCGAUCCAAUGGGCCGAAGAAGCCGCCCUUCACCUACACGGAAUUGAUAGAGCACGCGCUGCAGGAAAGAGGCGAGCUCACCGUCUCCGCGAUUUACCAGUGGAUCUCCGAGCAUUUCCCUUACUACAAGAGCAACGACGAUCGCUGGAAGAACUCCGUCCGGCAUAAUCUCUCGAUAAAUCCACACUUCAGGAAAGGAUCGAAGGCGCCUCAUGGGGCAGGUCACCUUUGGGCGAUCGCGAAUCGUAACGAUUGCAGACCUCGUCCGUUCGCCGUUAACGGCCUGUCGAGCACUGCACCGGCACGACAAGUGGCAAACGCGCAAAAUGACUGUGACGAAUCCCGGAGUAACAAGAUCAUCAGCGACAUCAUGGACGAGGUGGAGGCCGCGACGGCGAGUAUCACGCAGCCGAAUUCCGAGGAGGACACCGACAAUAUACUGAAUUCCGUGACGCUCGAGCAUUCCGCCGAGCAGAUACUCAACGGAAUAAAACGCCAAGUGGAGGUGCAGUAUCUGGUCCCCAUGAUGGUGACCAACAACGAUCCCGAGGCGGGUCAGCAGAACGAGCAGACCGCGCAACAAACGCAGCUUCAGUGCCCCUUCAAGGAAAGUGAUUUUCUGAACCCGGUGUCGAAGGAGGUCGUCGCCGAGGAAUGCGGACUCGUGAGCGAGGGAUAUCUGGUCACGGAUCUGAAUCCGAAUACGCUGGGACUGAACGUGGUCGAUCCCGAGAUCAUAGGAUCGGAAAAUCUCUUCGGCGAGGAGCUCAGCUUCCAGUUCUACGAAUUGACGUCGCCGUCGCAGCUGCAAUCCGCCUGACACACGGAGGGCAACAAAGUACGUUUUAUUGUGAUCGACGAGCUGCAGAUACAGAACGCGCGAUCGUACGACGACCAGCCGCUGAUUCGCGACGUCGCUGAAAUCGAGAGGAACCUCUCGGAGCGGCAGAGAAGAUCGCCGCCUGUCGACAGCGAUCAUCGGGACAACGAGGACUGCGCGAUGGCGAGAAGCUGAUCUUGCUCGGAAAAUUUUUCACAAUGAUGACGCGAAACGUUCGAUCAUUUUAUUCAACGCGGCUGCUAGAUUAGCUAGAGGCUUAACCGAACCAGCUGAAUCAGAUUAAUUGAUAUGCUUAAUGGAAUGGAUAUAACGAGUUAAGUACGGUACAAAUUACGAGGAAAUCGUAUCUCUCGAAUGCAAUGUAGGUUCGAUGGUUUGAUAAUUGCGGUUAUCACCGAAGGACUUCAGCGCGAGCGAGAUUCGUUUUGUAAGCAACGUAAUUAUAUAUCGUCGCAACGUGUGCCUGGUUAAGUGUCUUAAAGAGGAGCGUCAUUUAUCAACUAUGCAUUAAGAAUAAUUUCUUCUAGUCUUUUGCGAAACAGUGUGUAAUGUUUUUUGUAUUAGUGAAAAAAAAAAGGUAUGAUAUUUA